AUUUGGCGGUACGUUCGAAAUUGGUGACAUUUUUGCACGUGUUUGCUCUGAAAUUUAUUUACUGCUUAUUGUCAUAUAAUUCUUGAAAUUAUGGUCCAAAUCUCUAAAAAACGUGUUCGUAGAAACAAUUGUUUUAGAUAGUGGCUUAAAUUCGGUUAUAACUGCAUUACCGCCUGGUAAUACAGUAUCAACUACUAGCUCUCAAAAUGGUUUGAGUGCAGAUCUCACUCCUGUGAUACAGGUGAAAGAUGUUCUGUUAGAGAACUCUGAGUUCUGUAAACUAAACCUCCUUUUGAAAGAUAUGCAGAGGCAAGUAAGUGAAAUUCAGAAAAAAUUAGAUCAGUUUGAUAGUAUGUCAGUGCCAAUCUCAAAUACCACGGAGAGCCGGUCUGAUAUUGGUCAGGUUAAGUGUUUACUGGAUGUAACUCAAAAUAAGCUUUUGAAUUUAGACCCAAUAGCCUGUCUUUUAGAAAGGCAUCCUAAAAUAUCUCCAGACAACCUAAAUAAAGCUGAAAAUCUGAUUGACUGCUUGGCUACGGAGGUGAUGAAGCGUAUAACCUCUUCUCACCAAGCCAUAGUUUACAACGUCCCAGAUUCUCUGCCCCUGAAAACUGUAAGACACAAAAUCCUGAUUUGUUGCGGCAUGGCUAGUGUUCCAUGUGAAUGCAAACGACUUCGUAAAAAGUCUAACCAGGCUAAUUGCCCAAUCAUUUUUAAAUUCAGUAAUUCCCUUGAUGCUAGUAAGUUUACUAAAUGUCAGGAUCACUUAAGACUGAAUAGCAGUUAUAAGUCUAUAACCGUAGCUCAGGAUAAAACACCGUGUCAGCGUAGAAUAAUGCGUAGUAAUAACCUGGUCACCUCCUCUAGCUUUGAUUUACCGAAUAAGGAUCGUGCACAGCAACAGACACCUAGUGCUGAAACUAGCAUUCAGCAAACUACACAACAACCACACCUGCCAAUGGAACUAGGAAGUGAUUUAGAUACCAGUACCCCUGUAAAUAAAGCCUCAUCGAAAGAUGUUAAAAUAGCUAGAACUUCUGCAAGUUGUUCUAAGAAAUUUCCCCCCAAACGUAGUAACCUCACCACGAUGAACAAAUUUCGCAGGGUUGAGACUAAUGGUGGGGAAGAAUACUUUGUAUUCAACCAGGAGUUAGGGAUAGUAACAAGAAAACCUACUAACUAUCCCAACAACCCUGGUUUUCUGAAAAUUAUGCUUUUAAAUGCUCGAUCUCUCCUUAACAAAAUAACUUCCCUUCGCAGCUUGGCAUACAUGGAGCGGCCAACACUGAUUCUGGUAACUGAAACUUGGCUUACUAUUGAUAUACCUGACACAAAGCUGAUAAUCGAUAACUAUAACAUCCACAGGAAUGACAGAGCAGACAAGAGAGGAGGAGGCUGUCUAAUAUAUGCCUCUAAAUCCACUAACUCCAAUACCUUUACAAACCUAACUAUCGACAAACUCCCAGAAUCCAAGUGGAUAAGCAUCCACACGAAUGAAAAUAACAUUCUUGUGGGAUGUAUAUACAGAGCCCCUAACAGCCCUAUAACGACUGAUACGGUUAUCGGAGAAAUACUAGAGGUUGUACCUAAGCUGGAAUUCGACUACAAACUAGUUUGUGGCGAUUUCAACCUCCCUGGAGUGAACUGGGAUACCUGCACUGGACCGAGAACCUACGAGGUGAUCCUAGAAGCCAUAGAUGUGGGAGGAUGGAAGCAGUGCGUACGCCUCCCAACACGACACAACAAUAUACUCGACUUAAUCCUCUGUCACAAAAUAGAGCCGAUCUCGAUAGAGGUGAGGGAUAAACUCGACAACAGUGACCACAACAUACUGUACUGCACCCUACCCUUACAACUAACAACUAAACACACACUCAAGAGUUCCCCGGUUUACUAUCAAUAUAGGGACUAUCGAAAUGCCGACUGGGAAUUCCUACCAACGCUCUUGAGAAGCUCAGACUGGGGUGAAUACUUCACCAAUAAUAACUUAGAAGUAAUACUAAAUACCUUCUACAAGACAAUCAGUUCGGUAAGAGACACAAUCGCACCCCUGAAAUCUGCCCUAAAGACACCAACUCUGUUCAUAGAUCGCAAAACGCGAAUAAAACUAAGGAAACUAAAAAGGAGAUUUUAUUUACACAAAGAAUUUAAUGCAUUACACCUGAUACACGAAAUAUUUAAAAAUUUAGAUGAGAGACAUAAAAUGAAAGCACAAGUCGAGGAAAAUAAAGCCCUAGAGGGCACCUCUAAAACCCAGGAACUCUGCAAAAUCUUGCAAAAACGGAUGAAGAAGGGUGAAGAAAACAAUAUCAGUCAUUUAGAACACGAAGAUAUAAUUUAUGAUGAUCCCCAGAUCAUUAGUGAACUCCUGAGUGAGUGGUUCUCCAAUAACACCAAAGCACAUCCGUCCCCAAUUCUCGACAUAACCUGCAAAAAUAACUACAAGUUAGGUGAAAUAAACUUUAAUAUACAAAAUAUAGCAUCGGCGGUAAGGACAUUAAAAGCUAACAGUAGUUGUGGGAUAGACGAUAUACCAUCCGUCAUAUACAAAAACGGUGGUACGGAUAUGAUUGUAUUAUUACUUAGAAUAUUUAAUAUCUCACUAGUGACCGAAACCUACCCUGAAACUUGGAAAAACACAUAUAUAUUACCUAAGCAUAAAGGAGGGGCCAAAACUAGUGCAUGUAAUUAUAGGCCUAUCAAUAUAACACCAGUCAUAUCAAGGAUCAUGGAGAAAGUAAUCAAAGACCAAAUGUCAGACUACUUUCUAAAACAUAAACUCAUCAACCUGUCACAACACGGAUUCCUCAAGAAAAGAUCUUGCGUCACUUGCCAUAUAGACUUUUUCAACGAAGUCACCUAUAGAAGAGAUAGGAGAGAGCUAGUGAUUAUCCUCUAUUUCGAUAUAAGGAAAGCCUUCGACAGAGUCCCACAUAGUCUGUUAGUCGGUAGGCUAUGCUCACUAGGGAUAUGCAACCCCCUCUACAAUUGGAUAAAAUCAUUUCUGUAUGACAGGAAUCAGACAACUAAAGUUGGCUCAAUGACCUCCAGACCUAGACCAAUCAGCAGUGGUGUCAUCCAGGGGAGUGUAUUGGGACCCCUUCUUUUCAUUAUAUACAUAAACAGUAUAUGUGAAUGUUUUAGUAUAGGCAAGCCAAUACUGUAUGCAGAUGACUUGAAGGUGACAUAUACCUGCACAAAUACAGAUAUCGGCCCAACUAUGAACUCCAUACAUGAAGAAUUAGCAAAAAUGGAUAGAUGGUGUGACACGUGGAGACUUGAGUUUAAUGUUGAAAAGUGUGGAUGGCUCUGCAUAGGCUGUUCCAACCUUGACCUCAACCUAGCAAUUCAGGGCCACAAAAUCCCCAGACUCAAAUCUGUACUAGACCUAGGACUGAAAUAUUCACACAAUCUAUCAUUUUCAGAGCAUAUCUCGAAUCAAGUGUCGAAAUCACGAAGGCUUAUUGGUUUCCUACUCAGGAACUUCUACAGAAACGAGUCCAGAAUACUACUGUACAAGGUAUGUGUGCGCCCACUCCUAGAUUACUGCUCAUUCAUAUUCAGCAGUACACGCAUAGAAGACAAACUGAAAGUAGAAGGAGUACAGAGGUACUUCACGCGAAAAGUACUCGGAACCGAUAACGGCACAAACUACUCUACCAGAUGUGAAAUCCUGGGACUAGAAACAUUAUGGUUAAGGCGACUGCGACUAAAUCUGUUACUCUUCUAUAAGCUUCUUAACCAAAUAGUGUAUACCCCUGCUAACUAUACUCGGUCCUCAGGUAACACAGGAUACAACCUUAGGCACACUAAAGGUACAGUGGCUAUAGAACCAUGUAAAACAGCCACCAGGCAAAAGUUUUUCUUGAUUAGGUAUGCCCAAAUAUGGAACAAACUACCUGAGAAAAUACGACUAGCAAGCACAUUGGCCUCCUUUGAAAAGGCACUUAAUGACACACUAAGUGAGUUUGUAAUUGAUACCAAUGGUAAUUCCCAUGUAAGAGUUUCAGAAAUCAUAGGCCCAUUUAAUGUAUGAACUCAGAGACUACACCUGUUGUUUGUUUUGUCUCUAUUUAUAAUUCCAGACAAAAAAGCAGCAGUCAUGACAAUAACACCCAUUCAACCAAGAGUCGAUCAAACUAUGUCUACCUGAUACAAAGGGCGAACCAUAAUCAACAUACGAAUGAAAUAUGAGAAAACAAGGUAGAAACUUACCGCAACACCACAUGAAAAGAUAAAAGUUACUUGGAUAUCAUUUAUAAUCCACCAACUGGUCUCCUACCCAAAAAGAAUGCGGCGAUGUUUUAUCCAAAAAGGCGAGGAAAUACAUAAACCCACAGCAGCUGUUGUUAACACUCAGUGGGGGUAGGAGCCAACAAAGUAAUCCUUUCAAAGCAUAUGUAUACUUCAAAUGGACACGGAGACUUUGUAGAUUACGUUAUAAUCCAAAUCACCGCCUCUACAGCGCCAAUAAACCUGGAUAUCUAUGAUGUAACGAAAACAUGCUGAAAGCUGCAUCUCAGAUCAAGUUGACUCAUUCCAUGGUAAUGAUCUCCUCCUGCGUGCCUUAUUCGACAUAUUGAAUGGAAUGGUUCGCAGUUAUUCUGGUACUAGAUCGAAAAGAAUAAAAAAUUCACCGGUUGCUGAAUCAAAAGUACUUCUCUGCAUGUUUAACUGUAUUCUAACUGCUAUGAUUAAUUCCAAACCAUUUAUCCCAUAAUCACUCAAAUUCCAGGAACGAUCCAAUUCUACCAUUUAAAGAAGCUGGCGGACACGAUGUAAAUGAGUAUUCAUGAUCUGCAAUAAAGAAGCAACUGGUUUUCAACAUUUUACUCAACUUACGAGUACAGUCCGCCAUGCAGACACAAAUGGAGCAAAUGGAGAAUUCUGGAAUCGACCUCGGGACCAUUUGAUGCAGUAAAACAACUUAGCAUGACUUUAUCUAAUUUUCGCCCCCACGAUCAAAUUUCUUUCCUGUUAUGAAACUACGAUAAGACUGCUGAAAAAUGGAAUAAAUAUAUCACUGAUCUCAAUAUAAUACAUCAAUAAUCUUUAAGCCAAGGGUGCUGUUCACAACAAAGUUAUGUAGGAGAAUUGACUUCAAGCUUUAUUUUUCCCAGAUAUCUGUAUUACAUUCAUGUGAUGUCUGGGUUUUUUGUUAAUGCGAAGACAAUAUUUCUAUAUCUCUUUAUGUGCUACACAAACUGACUUUAUAGCAGACUGUUCCGACUGACUCUAAUGUCAGAAAGAACAACCAAACUGUAAGUCCAUUAUACAUCAAAUUAUGUGUAAUUUAUAUAAUAACUUAUCCAUGCCUGUACAAUAGGUAUGUUCCUGCAUGAACAGGAAGGAAUAUAUUAUUAUUAUUAAAACAAUAUUUAUGCAUGCCUAUACAAUUGGUGUACCCUACAUAGCUAGGGAAAAAAUGUACUUUAUUAUAUUAUCUUUACUAAAUAUGCUU